AUGACGUCACUUUCUCUCCUUAUGAUCCUCAUGCUCUUUCAAUCCGUAAAUUCAGUUCAUUUACCCAUUGAUUGUGCCAAUAUUCCGCCUUCUUUCUACUGCAAAAACGAAGAACUUGCGAAGCAUUGCGAUGUGCACAACUUGUGCGAAAAGAUUGAGGAGAAAGCGUUUGGAAAGAAGAUCCACAUGACAUUGCUAUACGAGACCUUGUGUCCAGAUAGUCAGCGGUUCUUCCCGAAGCUCGUGGAGUUUAUUGAAGAGUACGGGCAGUUCGUGGACCUGGAAAUGGUUCCUCUGGGCAAUGCGCAAUAUGCAGUAAGUAUACAAAGAUAUGUUUGUCACCUCUGUCGGAGGAAAAGAUACAUACACUGCUCCACGAAAUGAUAGACGCACCCUGUUUUUAGUGAUUAUCUUCCUUGUACUAAAUGAUAUCGAAUAAUGUUCAACAGAUGAAAUGUGGCAAAUUAAACGAGAAUUCAUGUCCCGUAGCGAUUUUGGAACAAAAUUUUGCCUUGACUGAGAUAUGACAUUUUUAGACUUUUUUGGGGUCCACAAAAUGAUAGACGCAAUUAAGUAAUUUUUUGUUUAUUUAAAAGAAUUUUGAGUUAACCUGCUCUUAUUACACUUCCUCGUGUUCUCUGUAGUAUUAGAAAGGUAAUUACAUUUAUAUCCGCCGUACUUCAUCGACGCAGCGGCCUUAUGAGCCAUUUCCGACCUUGUACAUGAGGUAAAUAUUCGGUUUGAAAAAAACUGUAGGUGAUUCUGUUUUCUUGGGCGAAAAACUAGCUAAUACUAUCACAUUAUACGUGUAGAUCUCACUGAUGAAAAAAAACGGCUUGCUCAAGGAUCCCGAGCAUUUUCUUGGCAUAUCAUCUUCAACAACUAGCUACCUUAAUACUUUUAGACCCCCGAAAUACCAAGGCGAUCAAAGAGAAUGACAAAAUUUAAUUUGCAAAUUCAAACUGAGCAUGCCUGAAAACGUAAUGUUUUAAUCAUCAGCCGUUACAGAAUACCUUUAGUCGGUAACGUCGUUCGACAAAAAAAAGUUCACAAAAAUAGGCUUGUUUUUACACGUUUAUCUUUAAUCAAUCAUCUGUCAAUCAUCAUGACAUUUAAGCAGGCAAUAAGUUGCGGUUUUAGGUUUGUUAACAUGCUGAGUUUGAUUUUCUGAGCAAAAAAUUGACAUCGAUAGUAAUCUUCUGUACUUUUAGAGCCUUUGAAGGUUACUGUAGAAGGUAUACGGUAACUUAAUGGUCGAUUAAAUGACUUCAAGCGAAUCGGUAUUGGUUUAUUUUAUGUCUUAUAUUUGCAACUUGUAAUCUAUGAUGGUUUAAGAUGGUUUUUUGGCGAAAGCAAAAUCGUUAAUCAAAUUUUUUUUCAAACGAAUUUUUACCCCAUGUACAAGGUCGGAAAUGGCUCAUAAGGCCACUGCGUCGAUGAAGUACAGCGGAUAUAAAUGUAAUUACCUUUCUAAUACGACAGAGAACACGAGGAAGUGUAAUAAGAGCAGGUUAACUCAAAAUUCUUUUAAAUAAACAAAAAAUUACUUAAUUGCGUCUAUCAUUUUGUGGACCCCAAAAAAGUCUAAAAAUGUCAUAUCUCAGUCAAGGCAAAAUUUUGUUCCAAAAUCGCUACGGGACAUGAAUUCUCGUUUAAUUUGCCACAUUUCAUCUGUUGAACAUAAUUCGAUAUCAUUUAGUACAAGGAAGAUAAUCGCUAAAAACAGGGUGCGUCUAUCAUUUCGUGGAGCAGUGUAUGUAUUAUCGGUCUGUCGAGAAAAUAAUAAGCACUAUGCUGCAUCAAAAAUCAUAUCGCCGCCGAGGAAAUGAAUCGUGUCGCGGCAAAAUCAAAUUGUUUUUCACUUCAGCGACGCAAUUGGCGCAACGACAUUGUGCUCAUUAUUUUCCCGACAGACUGAUAUUUCCACAAAGUGCAUGGACAUUUUUUCUCGUUCGCACAGUGCAUUUCGAACUUUUUCUCACGGUUGUCGCCAACGCACAGUGCAAACUGCAAAAACGUUGUUUGCACUGUGCAAACUCUUCAGCAUAACCACGACGACGCUGUUGAAAAAAGUUUACGCCGCGGCGAUAUUUCCGAUGCACGGUGCAAAAUGGGGUUUUUUUUGCAUGGUGCGAACCAACCGUGACAAAAAUGCAUGCGCUUUUCCAUGCACUUUAUGAAAAUAUCAGUUUGUCGGGAAAAUAAUGAGCACAAUGUCGCUGCACUGAUCGCGUCGCUUAAAUGAAAAGCGAUUUGAUUUUGCCCCGAUACAAUUCAUUUUCUCGGCGGCGAUUUGCCAUGCGACAGAGCUCAUUAUUUUCCCGACAAUCUGAGAAAUUCUUAUACUCUCUUCUCCGUGUUUCAGCAAAACGGAACCCUUCUCUGUCAGCACGGUCCGGACGAAUGCCUUGGCAAUAAAUAUCACGCCUGUGCGCUGCAAGUGAUCCCCAAUCCAUUGCCGUAUCUCAAUUGCACAAUGCUAUAUUGGCUUUACAAGAUCCCAUUGAUGGACUCGCUGCAAAUCUGCGAACCAUACAUUACUCAACGGGAGCUUAUAGAAAUGAGGUGGGUUUUGUUACGCAAAAUAAAAAUCCAUGAAAUGUAUAUAUUUCAUUGGAAUAUAUUUCAAUGAAAUGGAAUAUAUUUCAGAAAAUGCGUCUACGAUGGCACAGCCGAUCGUAUUCAGCAGAUCAACUUCAACCGAACAAAAAGCGGAUGGCCGGAGCGUCAUCAAGGCGUCCCUUGGAUGUUCUUCAACGGCGUCAGCAUGAGAGCGGCGCAGUUCCAUAUGAGAGACUUGAGUGCCGCCAUCUGCGAUUGGUAUCAAGGAAAUGAAGCGGCGCCGAAGAGAUGCGACAAAUUGUCGUAG